CGGAAGCGGAAGCGGCGGCCCCGGCCCGUCAUGGCGGCGCCCAGCGCGGAGCGGGAGCGGCGGCGCUUCGGGCAGCGCCUCCUCACAGACCCCGCGCGGCUCUUCCAGCACAACGCCUGGGAUAAUGUGGAAUGGUCAGAAGAGCAGGAAUCCAGUGCCAGGAGUAAAGUUCAAGAGAACAGCUCCCAGCUGUUGCCACAGGAUAAACAAGAGGAAUAUGAGGUGAAUGCUAAGAGAUAUUGGGAUGACUUCUAUAAAAUCCACGAAAAUGGCUUCUUCAAGGACAGGCACUGGCUGUUCACUGAAUUUCCUGAGCUGGCCCCCAACAGGACCUCAAGCCAAAAUGGGGAUUCUCUGCAUGAAUUCAGUACCAAAGAAGAAUCCAACAGUGAAAGGUGUGAAAAUGGACAUUGUUCAUUGGAAACCAGGACAGAGGGGCAGUUCAGCCUGCUCCAAAGCACAGCUGAGGGGUGCACAGAGGACUUGGCUGCACAGGAGCACAGGGAGCUGACCCAGAGGGCUGGAGAUUACCCAGGAUCAGCUGCAUCUUACCGUGUGUUGGAGGUUGGCUGUGGGGCUGGGAAUACAGUCUUCCCAAUUUUACAAACCAACAAUGACCCAGGCCUGUUUGUUUAUUGCUGUGAUUUUUCUACAGCAGCUGUGGAUCUUGUCCAGAACCAUGCAGAAUAUGAUUCUUCUCGCUGCUUUGCCUUUGUCCAUGACCUGUGCAACGACCAAAGUCCUUUCCCAAUGCCAGAGGAGAGUCUUGACAUUGUUAUUCUUAUCUUUGUCCUCUCAGCAAUUCUCCCAGAGAAGAUGCAGAGCGUUGUGAGCAGACUGAGCCGCCUCCUGAAGCCAGGGGGGAUGAUUUUGUUACGGGAUUACGGACGCUACGACCUGGCCCAGCUUCGGUUUAAGAAAGGUCAAUGUCUGUCUGAAAACUUCUAUGUGAGAGGUGAUGGCACCAGAGUCUACUUCUUCACACAAGAUGAAUUAAACCACCUCUUCACCACGGCUGGGCUGGAGAAGGUCCAGAACGUGGUGGAUCGGCGGCUGCAGGUGAACCGUGGGAAGCAGAUGACGAUGUACCGGGUGUGGAUCCAGUGCAAGUACCGCAAACCCGGCACCCCCCGGGCCUGAGGCACGGCCUGGGCUCUGGGGCUGGAGCCUCUCCGUGCCCAAGGAGUGUCUCCUCCUGGUGAGACGUGGUUUGAUGGAGUCCUGCACACCCAGGACACCUCAGUGCCUCGUGCAGUGCCUGGUGUCACUGCGAGUUCUGCCAAGGAUGAACGCCCUGAGAGUGGACCAAGGGGUGUUUUAGGUGUCAUAAAAUAUACUGAGUUGGAAGGGAGCCAUCAAGGUCAUUGAGUCCAACUCCUGGCCCUGCACAAGACGCCCCAAGAAUCCCACCACGUGCCUGAAAGUGUUGUCCAAAUGCUCCUUGAACUCAGACAGCCCUGGUGCUGUGCCCACUGCCCUGGGGAGCCUGUUCAGUGCCAACCACCCUCUGGGGGAAGAAGCUUUCCCUGAGAUCCAACCUGACCCUCCCCUGCACAGCUCCAGCCAUUCUCUCAAGUCCUGUCACUGGUCACAGGGAGCAGAGAUUGGUACCUGCCCCUCCACUGCCCCUCAUGAGGAAGCUGCAGACCCCAGUGAGGUCUCCCCUCAGUCUCCUUUCUCCAGGCUGAACAAACCAAGUGCCCUCAGCCUCCUCAUAAGGCUUCCCCUCCAACCCUUCCCCAUCCUCAUGGCCUCCUUUGGACUCUCUAAUGGCUUAAUGCCUUUUUUUUAUAUUGUGUCCCUCUGCCACCCCAGGGCAGAGCAGAGCAGGACAAUCCCCUCCCUGAUGCCCCCAGGACAGGGUUGGCUGCCAGGGCACUGCUGACUCAGGGCCAACUGGCACCCACCAGGACCCCCAGGGCCCUUUCCCAGCUCUGCUUUUCCAGCCUCUCUUUCCCAGUCUGUCCAUCCAUCCUGGGUUGCCCCAUCCCAGGGGCAGAAUCCAGCACCUCCCCUUGUUGGAAUUCCUAUGGUUGGUGAUUCCCAGCUCUUUGAUUUGUGGAGGUCUCUCUGCAGGGCCUCCCUGCCUUUGAGGGAAUCAACUGCUCCUCCCAGUUUAGUAUCAUCAGCAAACUGAAGUGUUCCUUCAAAGUCCAGCAUCCAAGUCACUAAUGAAGAUGUUGAAGAGAACUGGGCUGAGGAUGGAGCCCUGGGUCUGAGUUUUUAAAAUUAUUUACGGUUUUAACAACUGAAGAAGUGGUCCUGGUGUCUUCCAGCAGCUGAGCAAGAUGAGUAGCAAGUCACUCAUACUCUGGAUUUCCACAUGAAACAGGAGAGCUGUGACCUCACCUCUGUCUUGUGUGCUCGUGUCUCGUGAACAGAGAACAUACAAAGGCACUAAAUCUGCUCUUCUCUGCAGCUGGUCACUGCUAGGAACCCCUUGGCCAGCUUAUCUCAUGCAACUCUCUUCUGGUCAUUCAGGUUUGUGCCAAUCCACAAGUUCAAACACAUUGAUCUGAGGGCAGGAGCUGAGACUGUGAGAGUCUCUCUGUGCCAGCUGCCCCUGGAUGCCCCAAGGUGUGCAGAUCACCUGUGGAGAAAGGAGAUGCUGCUGCUUUGCCCUCACUGCCCACAGGGGUGUCCACCCAGGGAACCAGCACACCACAGCUCAGCUGCUGGAAAUUCCUGUCAGGCAGGAUUCAGGUUUUCAAAGAUUUAGGGCUGAUGCCAGUUUGGGGGCACCUUCAGAGUGCAGCAUAUCAGAAGCAGCCCAUGGGACCAGGGUUUAUAAAUAAUUACCUGCUUUUUCUGCUGGUCACAAACUGCCCUGUCAUGGUGAUGUGCCAAACCCAAGCAGACAAGACACUUGUCUUUGAUCCAGAAUCUGCAGAAUAUUUAAUUUCUGCACUCUUGUUUAAUUCCUUAGAGGAAGCCAACAUUGUGGCUUUGUGGAGGUAUUUCCCCACCUUUGACAGCAAAUAUCUUUUAUCUCAGCCUGUUUUCUUUUGUUAUUUUUAGGGUGUGGUACAACAGGUAUUAGAAUAAAUUUUGUGGUCAUGCUUUUCA